GCCAAUCGUCUUGUCAUUUGGUGGUCGCCUUUUUUGCAAUGUGAUUUUGUAAAGCCCAAAGUCGAUGAAUAGUGUAUUUUUUUUCAAGGAAAAUCAUACCAAAUUAAAAUAUAUUGUUUAAUUUAACAGAUCAAAAUUUCUUACAUUUUGAAAUUUGCAAAUUUACUUCAGGUGUCACUUCCUACAUUGUGGUUUACUGUAGGUUCAAGAUGUCGGUGAUACUCUUUCUCAAUUUUGACAAGAAAAUAUUUGCGUAAAUAAGGGCUUUUGGUAUUGUUUAUAUGAGCUUAAUUUCUUUGAAUUUUUAUAAAGCUAGAUAUUCUAAUAAGAUGAACGAAGUCGCUGACGACAAAGUACACAACAUCCAGAAAUGCGCAAGUGCAAAAAAUAAGACUUCCAAAGAUCCUUCAAGAAGUACUGAGGACAAGUGUUUAGCAAAUGACGAAAAUUUAAGUGAAACGAUAACAGAGGUUCUUCAUAUUAGUCAUAAUAACCUUACUAAUGGUACAAGUGAACAUAAUAAAAGUAACAUUAUUAACUCUCAGCCAGAUUUAGAUCUUUUGAUUGAGGAAGCUGCUCCCAGUGAAAGUUUCCAUGUAAAUAGUGUACAUUGUAGCGAUUUAAAAGAUACUAAAGAUGAUAAUGAUAGUAGAUCUAAGGAACACCAAGAAAAGACUGGGAACUGUCAUCGGGUUAUAGAAGAUAAACAUGGAGAUUUUGAAAUAAUUUCCUAUGAGUCAGAACUUCAAAUGCCUGAAAUAAUGAGACUAAUUCAAAAAGAUUUAUCAGAACCGUAUUCAAUUUAUACAUAUAGAUAUUUUAUACAUAAUUGGCCUAAACUCUGCUUUUUGGCUACUUACGAACAAAAAUGCAUAGGUGCCAUUGUAUGUAAGUUAGAUAUGCAUCGUAAUGUCAAAAGAGGAUAUAUAGCAAUGUUAGCUGUUGACAAAAAACAUAGGACAAAGGGAAUUGGUUCAAGGCUUGUUCAGAAGGCAAUACAGGUGAUGAUAGAUGACAAUGCAGAUGAAGUAGUUUUGGAAACUGAGAUAACAAACAAACCAGCAUUGAAGCUAUAUGAAAACUUGGGUUUUGUUAGGGAUAAACGAUUGUUUAGAUAUUAUCUCAAUGGAGUUGAUGCAUUAAGAUUGAAACUUUGGCUCAGGUGAAAGAUAUAAGAAUCCUUUAGGAUAUUGUGUUCUUAAUGACAAACUUUUGUAACAACAUUAAUGUUGUUGUCUGCCAUCUGGGUUUUAGCCAAAAAUAGUUUGUUUAGUCAUGUGAAUUAUUUUAUUUUUGUAAUUAUGUGUUGAAUGAUUAUGUAAUUCUGAAAUAACAUUAUGUUAUAGAAUAAAUAAUGCCCGAUGGAUUCUAUCACAAAGUUGCAAUAUAAAUUUAUAUAUGUAAUAUUAUGUACCCAAAGUUUGUAUUAUAUGGUUUUUAGUUCAGUAUAAAUAAAAGAAUUGAACAAAA